AUGGGAAAAGGAACGGAUAAGCUUUACAUCACACACUCCGAAUGGGCUUCGGAGGAUGCCUUCUCAGCCAGUGCGGGCGCUGGUGUUGGCAAGGCUAGACGUGGUGGACCUCAUGCAGCAUUCAAGCGCCUCCCGUUCAAUUUCUGUUCCCUGUCACUCCAGCCCUUCGCCCACCCGGUUUGCACACACAAAGGUGUCAUUUUUGACCUGACCAAUAUUCUCCCAUGGAUCAAGAAGCACGGGACAAACCCAGUCGAUGGGUCGCCGCUGAAGAGCUCCGAUCUCGUCAAGCUUACGAUCGCGAAGAAUGAGGAGGGCGAGUACGUUGAUCCGGUGACGUAUAAGGUCCUAACGGAUAAUACCCAUAUUGUCGCGCUACGGAAUACGGGAAAUGUGUUCUCCUGGGACACUGUCGAACGCCUCAAUAUCAAGGGGAAGCUCUGGCGCGAUCUUGUUACCGACGAAGAGUUCAGCCGCAAAGACAUCAUCACCUUACAAGAUCCACAAAAUAUCGAAUCUCGUGAUCUUAGCUCGUUCAAUUACCUGAAAGAGGGCCAGACGGAAUUUCUGGAGGAGCAACAGGCCUCCGCUAGUGUCAAUACCAAUGCGCUGGGAAGUUCGGCAAAGAUCUUGAAAGCCAAGGAAGCUGUCGCAAAAGCGCGUGCGGACCGAGCAGAGAAGGAGGCUAGCUCUGCUGGUUCAAAAGCACACUCCAAGACAGGGGCUGUGACUUCGGCCACCAAACCGGGAGCCUCUCAACCUGGAAAGCCUACACCCUACAACGCCGCACGGUUUACUACUGGCAAAGCUGCAGCCUCUUUCACCAGCACUGGACUGACUCCUCAUACCUCAGCGGAGCUAGCACUUCUAUCUGAGGAGGAGUACAUGCUGAAGCGGGGUCGAGUAAAGGGUAAGGGUUAUGCCCGCAUUGUGACCACUGCAGGUCAUUUGAAUUUGGAGCUGUACCCCGAAUAUGCCCCGAAGGCCGUGUGGAAUUUCAUCCAGCUUGCCAAGAAGGGUUACUACAAGGAUGUCACCUUCCAUCGGAACAUUAAAGGCUUCAUGCUCCAAGGCGGUGAUCCUACGGGCACUGGCCGAGGCGGCGAGAGUGUCUGGGGCAAAUACUUUUCUGAUGAGUUCGAUGGGCCAUUGAAGCACGACGCGCGAGGCACCUUGAGCAUGGCCAACAAGGGUAAAAAUACCAACAGCAGUCAGUUUUUCUUUGCGUACCGAGCCCUGCCUCACCUUGAUCGCAAGCAUACUGUCUUUGGCCGGCUCAUCGAUGAUCCCACGCCGUCAUCUACUACGCUCAACGCCCUUGAAACCCACCCGGUGGAAGCAAAUACUAACCGACCUAUCCCGGAAAUUCGUAUCAAGGAAGUCACCGUGUUUGUGGAUCCAUUCGAGGAUUUCCUCAACCAGAAGCGUGCAGAGGAGGCCAAAAAUGGUACUCCUACCAUGGAAGAGGAUGAAACUACUCGUCGUGUGGACGACGAGCGCAUGACUUGGACAGGAAAGCGAGUGCGUGGCCCUGGUGCUCAACCGAACGAGAGUGCUCCCAGCGGAGUUGGAAAGUAUCUCCAGGCUGCCCUGGCCGACCGUGGAGAAGAAGAUGAGAUUGUUGAAUUUGUUGAUGAAGAGCCUGUUCCGGAACCUGCUCGUAAGAAGGUGAAAGGUACAGGUGGCUUUGGAGACUUUAGUUCAUGGUAG